AUGGAGGUCAAGAAAAAGAAGUUACUGGAAAAUAUUUGUAUGAAAACAAAGCUGAUCAAGCUGAUAAAGCCAGGUAAAAAUGCAGCAGACAAGCAGAAGAAGAAACUGGAAAUCCGGCGCAGUAUAUCCGUACCGGACUUAAGGCCUGAGGAGGACAACGGGCUUGCUGCUAAAAGCGCCUUACCCAAAAUGUCCGAGGCCACAUUUUUUGGCAAUUUACAUUUGAGUGAUAGUGAUUCUAUAGCAAGCAGUUCCAUCGCAGAGAGCUCGAUUUCCUCAGAUAAAGAAAUUAGCUUUAGGGUUCCUGUAGAUCCUUCCACAUUCCACACUCCAUAUCUCAGUGAGGAAGUUAAUAGUGUGCUGCAGUCAAACAUGGAGAAGAAAGAGAACAUAUCCGUCAACUGGCAACCCAAGAGGAAAGGACCUAUUAUUAAUCUCGACCCUCUUCCGAAGCAACGAACCGUUUUUACCAGACCGCAUUCCAGCUCACCAAGACCAGAUUCUCCAAUGAGCACUGAGAGAUCUUGGACAUCCGAGGCCACCCCAGCACUGAUCACUCAAGCGCUGGCCAGAGCCAACUCAAUGGGAGAACAAACGUACGUCAACUCGCACCAGAAGGCUGUGCAUUUCAAGCAGGACCGACCACCAUCAGAAAAAGGCAGCAUGUCAGAACACAGAGAAAACACACCUCUGACAUUGGAUUGUCUUGGUAAACCUGUAGACAGCGCAGAUGGCUGUAGCGAGUACUGUUUGUCCGGGGAGGACCAGGUGGCCAUGCCAUGGUUGACAGACACAGAGGGACUUGACCCGGAUGUUGUGCUUUCCUCCAUCACAAAUGACUGCAGCAUUGAGGAAUCUUCAUUAGAAGGAGUCACUCAGGAUGAAAUUGAGAUGUCCAGUGAACCAUGUGAAUAUUUUGACGAAGUUCUUUCAGAGCAACUAGAAAACACGAUUUUGACAGCAGGUCCAGACGUCCAAGUCCCAGCCCCACUCCAGAGGUACUUGCUUUGCAUCAGCUUGAAACAUGGACAAAACCUGGUCAUCCGAGACAAACGCGGUACGAGUGACCCAUAUGUGAAGUUCAAACUGGAAGGAAAGCAAUUCUACAAGAGCAAAGUGGUUUAUAAAAACUUGAAUCCUAGAUGGAAUGAGUUCUUCUCCUAUCCCCUGAAGGACAGAGAGCAUAUUGUGGAUGUCCGGGUCUAUGAUAAAAAUCUGACUACUGAUGAAUUCAUGGGUUCUAGCACCAUUCCGCUAAAGAAUCUUGAGCUUUACAAGACUUACGAAAUGGAGUUGCCCCUCACUGAUCCUAAAAGCAAAGAAGACGACAUGGGAGUCAUCUGCGUGGAUGUGUGCCUCAUGUUUCGAGAUGCCACCAUCAAACGAAACUGGAAAUGGCCAGCCAAAAAAACUAAGAAGGCUACACAGUACUUGAGCCCGGCCGAGAUGCAGAGGAGUCAUUCCAAGAGCCGCCUGUGGACAGGUGCUCUCGCCAUCACCCUGGUGGAGGGCCAGGAUCUGCCUCAGUAUGGCCACGGAGACAUUUAUGUCCGCUUUCGUCUGGGCGAUCAGAAGUACAAGAGCAAGAACCUCUGCAUUCAACCCAAUCCCCAGUGGAGAGAACGGUUUGACUUCAAUCAGUUUGCAGAUAACCAGGAACCUCUGCAGGUGGAGGUGUUUUCAAAGAGAGGCAGGAAGGGUGAGGAAUCGUGGGGAAUGUUUGAGGUUGACCUAUCCAGACUUGUGCUAAAUGAGCGACAGCUCUACACUCACAUGCUGGAUCCAGGAAAGGGCAGGCUGGUGAUUUUGGUUACCCUGCUACCUUGCUGGGGAGUCUCUGUCUCUGACAUCGAGGCUGCUCCUUUGGAGAAGCCUGACGAGAGGGACUCUGUGGUGGAAAAAUUUAGUUUAAGUAACUCGUAUAAAUGCAUGGGAGAAAUCGGUUUCCUCCAGGUCAAGGUUUUAAAAGCGAAUGAUCUUUCAGCUACGGACCUCAAUGGAAAAAGCAACCCUUAUUGUGUGAUUUCACUGGGAAAUGGCAAUCUUCAAACCCACACCAUCUACAAGACUGUCAAUCCGGAGUGGAACAAAGCACUCACAUUCCCAAUUAAGGACAUUCAUGACGCGGUGGAGUUGACCAUCCUGGAUGAAAAUGGCGACAAAACGCGAAACUUUUUGGGCAAAGUGGCAAUCCCAUUACUGACAGUACAAAAUGAGCAGCAAAUUUGUCUCUACUUGAAAAAAGAAGACUUGAGUGGCCCAGCCAAAGGAACCAUCACUCUUGUGUUAGAGGUUAUAUACAACAACGUUAGAGCUGGGAUUAGGAGUUUCCAACCAAAAGAGGAAAAAUUUACUGAAGAGAAUGUAAAGUUCUCAAAAAAGGUUCUUGCCCACAACAUCUAUCGGGUUCGCAAAAUCAGCACAGCCGUUCUGUACACAUUACAAUACAUUAAGAGCUGUUUCCAAUGGGAGAACACGCUACGGAGCCUCAUCGCUUUUCUGAUCUUCCUAGUGACAGUAUGGCACUGGGAGCUCUUCAUGCUUCCGCUCUUUUUGCUCCUGCUCAUCUGCUGGAACUACUUUCAGCUCUAUGGCAGAAACAGCAACUCAAACCAAGAGCUGGUGAACAUGAACAUGGGUGAGGACGAAGAGGAUGAUGAGAAGGAAUCUGGGAAAAAGGGGUUGAUGGACAAGAUACAUAUGGUUCAAGAAGUUGUGUUGACUGUCCAGAACAUUUUGGAGGAACUCGCAAACAUGGGGGAACGAACAAAGAACUUAUUUAACUGGUCUGUUCCAUUCAUGUCGUGCCUGGCCUGUCUGGUACUCUUUGCAGCCACGUUGCUUUUAUAUUUGAUCCCACUGCGCUACAUCGUGCUCAUAUGGGGUGUUCACAAAUUUACCAAAAAGCUGCGCAACCCAUACGCAAUCGACAAUAAUGAACUGCUGGAUUUUCUCAAGAGGAUGCCAUCUGAUGUUCAGAAGGUGCAGUACAGUGCACUGAGAGCACCCACAAGCCAGAACCUGCCACGCAAGAAGAAGUAA